AUGCCAGUCUUGAGUUUGAGUGAGCUUAACAUCGUGCUCGGCGUACUGGGUGGUUUCACAUAUCUUUAUGGCCUCAUCUCUGUCAAGAUCAAGCAGGCAUGGUACCUUGGUGAAGCCCUACCCGCCGUCUUGAUCGGUGUCGUCCUCGGUCCCAUAGCCGCCAAGUUUAUCGAUAGUGAAAGAUGGGGUUCCGCAACGCCGGGUCAGACCAGUGAGAUCACUCUGGGUGUCGCCCGUGUCAUGAUUGGUGUUCAGCUGGUCAUUGCAGGCUAUCAACUUCCUGCCAAGUACGGCCUCACACGAUGGAAGGAGAUGGCACUGUGCCUUUUGCCUAUCAUGACCAUCAUGUGGUUCUGCACAACAGCUUGCAUCAUGCUCACAAUCCCAAAGGUCACAUUCCUUGCCGCUCUCGUCAUCGGUUCCUGCGUCACCUGCACCGACCCCAUCCUCUCCCAGGCCAUUGCAAAAGGUCCCUUUGCCGAUAAAUACGUCGCCCGACCGCUCCGAGAGAUCAUUUCCGCCGAGGCUGGUGCCAACGACGGCUUCGGAUUUCCCUUCCUGAUGCUCGCAACAUACCUCAUUCAGCAUGCUGACAUCCCUGGUGCUGGCACCAAGGCUGCUGAGGGUGCUUCCACUGCCCACGCUCUCAUGGCUCGUGCUGGUGAGGUUGGCCGUCUUGGAGGUGGUGUUUCCGAGGCCUUGGAGAACUGGCUUGUUGAGACUUGGCUGUACGUCGUUGCCUUGUCUAUCGUAUACGGAGCCGUUGUUGGAUUUGGCUCAUGCAAGGCUAUCAAGUUUGCUCUCAAGCACAAACUAGUCGACAGCGAAUCUUACGUCCUCUUCCCUACAGCCAUGGGCCUCUUCCUCGUCGGCAGCUGUGGAGCCAUCGGUACCGACGACCUCCUGGCUUGUUUUGUUGCUGGCUGCGCUCUCAACUGGGAUGGUGACUACCUCCGCGAAACAGAAUCUCGCCACGAUGAAGUCAACUCAUGUGUCGACGUUCUCCUCAACUUCGGCGGCUUUAUGUACAUCGGUGCUAUCCUGCCUUGGGAAAGCUUCAACGACCCGACUGGUACUGGAAUCACUCUUCCUCGCCUGAUUGGUCUUGGUUUCCUGGUCCUCAUCUUCCGUCGAUUGCCCGCCAUCCUCGCUUGCUACAAGCUUAUGCCCGAUGUCUGCAAGGACUGGAAGGAGGCUCUGUUCAUGGGAUACUUCGGUCCUAUUGGCGCUGGCGCUGUUUUCUACGUCGAGCACGCCCGUCAUUUGUUCCCCCACGACGGCGAGGGUGAUGCAGAGGAGACCAACCUUGUCCGUGCCAUGGGACCGAUUGUGUACUGGCUCGUCCUUUUCUCCAUCGUCAUCCACGGCCUUUCCAUUCCUGCCCUCAACAUUAUCUAUUCCUUGACUGGCAAGGAGGCUAUCAAGGAGGAUGCUGUCGAGGUUCGGCGAAUCUCGAUGCGUGCUGCUACGCCUACCAAUGCCAUGGCUGGUGACAGGGAUACCUUCAUUGCGUACAACCGGUUCAGUCGCCAAAUUGGUGUCCCAGCUGCCGAGCUGCCAUCUCAGAAGGAGACGCAGUACUGGUCAGACGAUGAUGAACUGGCCAAAGAACGACCCGUGAACAACCGAAGGAGCGCUUUGACCUGGGCAAACCAUGUUUAG